AUGUUUGGCAAGGAGACACCACGCUAUGACCUCAGACUCGACAAAUCGUGCAUAUUCAUACCAGUGAGGCAGUCCCCUGGGUCUCACGCCUCAGUCACAGGGUCAUUCUGCUUCUCACUCCCUGAGAACAUCUGGGUCAAGGUCGUCAAAGUGAGGCUCAGAGGGACACUGAAAAUUACCCGGAACAAUGAUAUGGUCACCGAAGAUCGAGAGCUCAUCACGUACAAGGAAGAACAAGUACUGGCGUCAUCGAGAACACAAAGCUCUUUCCAAGUGCCAGCUGGAGACUACGAGUUCCUGUUCGACAUCCCAUUACCUAGCGACCUCUAUGAGACUUCCAUUGGACCCGAGCAUAAUUAUCACACUUAUCAGCUUGGUGCGAUUAUUGAGCGUCGUUACCGGAGAGACAUUGUCGUAUCGCAAGCCUUAAGUAUCUACAGGCUUCCUGACAUGGAUCCGAGUCAUCUAUACGCGGAUUCUCCUUUGACCAUCGGAGGUGAAUCGGAGCAAGGUAUAGAGCAUUCCACGUCGAUACCCAGUUCGGCGAUCCCGUUUGGGUCCAUAGUUUCGGUGGAGUGUGGGUUCAAAGUGCCAUCAAAAGACGUCAAACUUUCUGCUAUCACGCUUGAAGUGAUAGAGAAUCAUCACCUCCGAUUAGAGGCAACCGCAACACAAGCAGCGCUGAACAUCCUUAACAUUAAUUCAUCGAGAACCUAUACCCUGUUCAAGGUGACACGGUCACCUACCCAGCAAAGUGAAUUAGUCAGUUGUACCGGAACUGAAUGGUUCAUUAGCCCGACAGUGUGUCUGCCUCGGAGCUUGGCCUUGUGCUCACAGAGCGUGAGAACGAAAACAAUAACAAUCACCCAUUCCUUGGUCGUUACGGCUGAAUUCCACAAUGACAAUGGGCAGGUAGUUGACACGAUCGUGAACACAAUUCCAUUCUCCAUCUAUAUGGCUCCUGGCAUCAUAAGGCCGGACGGAAAUGUUUCCAGCAAGAUUUUCGAAUACAACACAUUCCCUCCCCCACCAAACUUCUGGACAAUGCGCAACAACGGCAGAUACGAAUCUCGGAUGGGCUUCGGAUGGUGA